UUCACAUGCUGAUCUCUUCCACAUUUCCUUUCCUCACUCAUAUCUUAUCUUUCCUCUUCCCUCCACAUAUCUAUUUAUCUCUCCCUCCUCCCUCUUUCAUUCUCUUCUUCCAAACCUCUCCACCACCAUUACCCAACACACAAAAAUAAAAAUAAAUAAAUAAAUAAAUAAAAAGAGCCAAACCCAAGAAAAAACCAAACCCAUCUCUCUCUUCCUAUUUCUCUCUCUAGAACUCUCUCUCUCUCACUCCUCAAUGGCCACAAACACUCUCCACUCCAUACCCCACAACCACCACUCUCUCCUCAAACGCCACCAUUCCUCAGACGCAGCUCCCUCUUUCUUUCUCAAACCCACCACCACCCACACAACCAAACUCACUUCUCUCUCCUCCUCCACCCUCACAUUUUCUCUCUCCCCAAACGCCACCACCACCACUUCCUCCUCUUUCUCCGCCGCCGCUUCCUCGACCUCCCUUGACCUCCUCCGCAGCCAUCUGGCCGCCGCCGACUUCCGACAGGCCGACGAGGAGACCCGCCGCCUCGUCAUCGCCCUCGCCGGCGACGCCGCCCAGCAGCGUGGCUACGUCUUCUUCUCCGAAGUCCAGUACAUCCCCGAAUCCGACCUCAAAGCCAUCGACGAGCUCUGGAGAACCUUCAGCGACGGAAAAUUCGGGUACAGCGUCCAGAAAAAGAUCUUCAACAAGGUCGACAACGACUUCACCAGAUUCUUCAUCAAAGUCCGGUGGAUGAAGAAGCUAGACAGCACCGAGUUCGAGCACUACAACUACAGGUCGUUUCCGACGGAGUUCGUCUGGGAGAUCAACGGCGAUACUCCCGAGGGGCAUCUGCCAUUGACGAACGCUUUGAGAGGGACCCGGUUGCUCAACAGUAUUCUCUCUCACCCGGCAUUUAACGACGUCGUUGAAGAGAAAGCAGAAGAAGAAGAAGAAGAAGAAAAGGACGUUGUUGAAGGGAUAGGGUUGAUGAAGAAAGGUGGGACGAGCAAGAGAGUUAUCAAAUCGGAUUACAGCUUUUGAUGAUAUAAUAUAAAUAUAUAUAUAUAUAUAUAUAUUUAUAGCCAGUUUGCUACUACUAUUUCACUAUAUAUUGUGUUUAUACGUAGGA